CAACAAUCCUCCUGCCUCAGUCUCCUGAGUGCUGGAAUUACAGGCUUGUGCCACCACACCUGGCUCUACACCUGCAUCCUAACUGUUGGAUAGUAGGUUCUCCUUCUAGGCUCUGACUUCUGUCACUAAGUAGCCAUCCUUUUGGUGUUUGGUCUCCCAACUUGGCCUCCCUCUUGAAGGAGGAUGACCAGAUCAGCGACAGUGAAGAGCAAUACCAUGGUUUGAAAGUGUCCCCCAAAGUUCACAUUAGAGACUUUGCAAAACAUGAGAGGAGGGCCCUUAAGGGGUGGUUAGAACGUGAAGGCUUUACCUUCAUAAAUGGAUCAGUGUUAUCACAGUAGCAGAUUUGUUAUCAAGAGAAUAGAUUUGGAAAAGUGAGUUCAGCCCCCUCUGUUCUCUUGCCCUUCUCUGCUAUCUCUGCCAUGGGAUGACAAAAUGAGGUCCCCACCAGCUGCCAGUGCCAUGCUCUUGGGCAUCUCAACCUCCAGUACUGAGAGAUAAAUUUCUGUUGUUUAUAAAUUAUCUAGUCUCAGGUAUUCUGCUGUACUCCCACACACAGACAGUAUGAAGCCAAUUAUCUUCCCAGGGCUUAAUACUAGACAAUGGGUAUAAAAUAUUUUGUUCACUUUGGUAGAUCUGUAAUAAAGUAAAUAAUGAUGUCUAAGGUAGAGCUUGCUGAGGGCCAAGCAUAGAAGCAUGGAUACUGGUCACCUUUGGUUCUCUUUGAACACCAAGUAGCACUCUGCCACUCACCUGUUUGGUGAGCUGCCUCUUUCUCUGUACAGUGCCAGUGUCAAUGCUGACAUCCUUCCCCUGGCUCCUCCACCUGCCCUCCACCCUAAGGCUUCUCUGUCCAUGAUACUUACUAAACAACCUUGAUAGUGAUUUUGCUACUUGGAAAUGUAGAAUAUAGCCUUGGAUCUCUACAAUUUUGGACUUGCAUUUCAUGUUCAGUGUUUGAGCUCAGUGUGUCCACAACUACACAAACUGAAGUCCAUAUAAGUGACUACUUGAGGCCUAAAUUUGCUGCUAAGAGCAUUUGUGUUUCACAUGGCACUACAUUAUCUUAUUCUCUUGAAAGAAAUACAAUCGAGGUACCUGGGGGUGAAAAAUAAAAAGAACUGGAGAAACAAUAAAUAGUACUGUAUGCAGUGAAUAGCUUCAUGCAUAUUUCAGUGAGCGUUUGCUUGUCCUUUGCACUAUUGGGAAUUAAAUACAUGGCCUUACAAUGAGCUACAUUUCCAGUCCUUUUUCAAAAAUUUUGAGACAGUAUCUUGAUAAGUUGCCCAGGCUGGCCUCAAAUUUUUGAUACCCUUCACUUUGUCUCAGUCUCCCUAAUACCUGGGAUUACUGGUGUGUACCACCACAGCCAAUUCAGUAUAGUUUCCUGUUAGUAUCUUUUAAAUUAUUCCUACAGAAUCAUUUAAAUGAUUUAAAUGAUUUAAAUCCUAGGAAUUCUGACUUACAAGCUAAAUAGGUUAUGUCCUCUUAUUAGAUAUCGCUAAACACCUCUCCAUGGGGGUGCUACCAGCAGUGUAGGAGAGUCUAUUCCACACAGCAUGUCGCAAAGAAAGUCUACAAAGAAUUUUUGUACAAGUUGGGAUUUUGUUCUCAAGUUGAAGCUUCAGAAAUUGUGUUCCAGUGUAGUUUUAAUCUGUAUUACUCCUAUUAUGAGCAAGAUUGAGAUCAUGUUUAAUUGCACUUUUUGUGUAGUCCUUUCUUUUGCCCAUUUUUCUAAGUUUUUUGUGUUUUCUCAGUAGUACAUAGAAAUUCUGUAUCUAAAUAUUUGUGAUAUUAGCUUCUAUCCAUGUUAGUUUCAAUUUUUUUCUCAUUUUUUCAAUUAUCUUGUGAUGUUUUUUGCCAUUAAAAACUAGACAAAAGUUACUAAUACUUUCAGUUGAUAUGUGUGAAUUUUCAAUUAGAAAUUAAACAGAAAGCCUAAAUAACAAAAGGGAAAUAUGUGCAGCUGAAGUACUCCAUAUUUUAAAGGUACCAGUGGCUCCCAAAUGAUUCAUAAAUUCAAUGCAGUCAUAAUUAAAUUCCUAACAAGAUUUACUAUAGGAAUUAAAAGAGGGUACAUAUUCAAUAUAGAAAUAUAAAGGACCAAGAAUAUCCUGGGAAUUCUUGAAGAAAUACAAGAUUCUAAGGAAAAUUAAAAUGGAUAAAGUGACAAUAAACAUUCUGGCAUUGGUGCAAAAACAGACAAACCAACCAAUGGAACAGACACCCACAAAUGCAAACAGAUCAAUGGAAUAGCCCCACACAAAUGCAGACAACAGACCAAUGGACAGGCGCACACAACUGUUGGCCUCUGGUUCCUAAAUAAAGUGGCAUGAUAAAUCAAUGGAGAAAGGACACUCAUACAUAAAUAGUACUCAGACAGUUGUAUAUCCUUUUUAAAGAGAAAAAAAGAAAGGAAAAAUGAAAAAAAUUGACCACAAUCUCAUACAAUACACAUGAAAGAAUCUCACUAGAUCGAAAUGUGAAGCGUAGCUUCUAAAAGUAUACAGUAGGGAUUUAAUCUUAACCAAAGAAAGGUAUGGUAUUUCCCAUCAACUUCUUGGAGGUGAUCUCUAGGCCCUUGGAAUGUCCUACCUGGUAAGACUGCCUUUAUUUACCUGGAGUUGUUGGCCCCAGAUAGUCAAUGAUAAGAUAAUAAUGGGAAUUUUAGGCCACCAGUAUCUGCUCGACCUCUAGAAGGGCUGGAAACUAAAGGUCAGCCAUGUGAGUAACCAGCCACAGAACUCUCACAAAAACUCCAGCCACUAAAGCUUCAGUGAUCUUCCUUGAUUGACUAUGUGUCAUCAUGCAUUAAUGUUGGGAAGUGACAGUGCUCCUAGUACCACUUGGACAGGAAGCUCGGAAGUUCACACUGGGAACUUCCCUGCAGUGUGCCUAUAUUGGUUUCCGAGGGCUACUGUAACAAAAAUAAAGUGCCAAAAGCUGAGGCGGUGGCUUAAAGCAACACAUUUAUUGUCUGGAGGUGAGAAAUUUGAGUCUAGGAAUCAGCAGAACUGUGACUUCCUUGAACCCUGGAGGGGAAUUCUUCCUUGCUAUUUCUAGCUCCUAGCAGUUUGCUGGCAACCUGUGGGACUCCUUGGUUUGCAGCUGUAUGACUAUGGUCCCUAUGUUUGUCACCCCAUGGCAUGAGUCUCUGCGGGUCUUUGUCUUCACGUGGCCAUCCUCUUACAAGGACACUAGUUCCAGGGCUGGGGAUUUAGCUCAGCGGCAAAAAGCGCCUGCCUGGCAAGUGUAAGGUUGUGAGUUCAGUUCCCGGUACCGGAGAAAAACCAAAAAAAAAAAAAAAAAAAACAAGGACAGUAGUUCCUCUUGUAAGUCAUCAGCCCAUCCUACUCCACUGUGACCUCAUAGUGACAUCUGCAACAAUCUUAUUUCCAAAUAAUGCCACAUUCUGAGGUCCUAGGAGUUAGAACUUAAACAUGCCUUCUUGAGAAGAGGGGGGAACAAGUGCCAGGUCAGUACAUAACACUGUCCUGUGUGCUUCUUUCAUUGCUGACUUUAAUCUGUGUCCUUUCAGGGCAAUAAACCAACUAUAUCGGGUCUGCUCAUCCCCAAACUGAAUUACACACCUUGACCUCUGGUCUAAUCCGGCUGAUCGGAAUGGCGCGCUCAUGUGGCCCCGCGGCAAGGCGGGAAACGAGGCAGACACCGCCAUUUUGCACCGAGCAGAGUAUGCGCUAGGCCAUCGGUAGGAAAAAAAAGCUUUCAAAAGCCUCCAAGACUACAAAAGAGCACGAACACUUAACAAAAGGAUAUUUUACUAGAGAAAAUGUUUCUGUGAGCAGUGAUUUAAUUUUACUAGGCACGGUAUGUUUUCUAGGGCUCCAUAAUAGUCCUUAUUCAAUAUAAACAGUAAAGGAAUCCGAAUUUUGCAAAAGGUGUCACAAACUCGGUGUCAGAGGAAAGCAGCAAAAUAUAAAUAGUAUAUUUCCGGAGUGGAUAGCCACUAUUAACUUAAUCUCUAUUUUCCCAAAUCCAGAAUUGACUAUAAUUAUCCUGCAAAUUAAUGUCUAAUUUUACAAAAAGGCAAACCGAACGUCCUUUAGGUUUAUAAAGAUGAAGAUCAGGAAGGGGAAGUGAAAAACCUGAAAAGACUACGGGAUUGAAAAUAGUAACCAAUGAAACUGCACGUUGGCAGGACGUUUUAAAACACACCAAUCAGAGUCUGGGGCGUCAUAAGAACACACUGUGUUAUCGUCCAGUCACCACACAGUACAUACUAUAAAUAAGAGCAAAGCUGCUGUGGAAUACAGCUUUAGCAGCUUUCAGAUUCUUUUGAAGUUGUAGGAAUGGCUCGCACAAAGCAGACUGCUCGCAAGUCCACCGGCGGCAAAGCCCCGCGCAAGCAGCUGGCUACCAAGGCUGCUCGCAAGAGCGCGCCGGCCACCGGCGGCGUGAAGAAGCCUCACCGCUACCGGCCCGGCACCGUGGCGCUGCGCGAGAUCCGGCGCUACCAGAAGUCCACCGAGCUGCUGAUCCGUAAGCUGCCCUUCCAGCGCCUGGUGCGCGAGAUCGCACAGGACUUUAAGACCGACCUGCGUUUCCAGAGCUCGGCUGUCAUGGCGCUGCAGGAGGCCUGUGAAGCUUACCUGGUGGGUCUGUUCGAGGACACUAACUUGUGUGCUAUACACGCCAAGCGCGUCACUAUCAUGCCCAAGGACAUCCAGCUGGCGCGCCGCAUCCGUGGGGAGAGGGCUUAAUUAGCACUACCAAGUUUAAGGUUCUAAUCAAAGGCUCUUUUCAGAGCCACUCACAUUUUCAACUAAAAUGGCUGUAAGUUCCACCAA